AUGGAAGUGGCAAAUGCGUGGGGUGAAUUUCGCUGUGUCAUAUCUCCGGAAACUCUAUUUCCCCGAGCUUGCUCUCAUGUUCUUGAUACAAAAUUCCUGGCCGCUGAGAUUAUACCGCCAAAUGGUGAAAAUCUAAUAUCUGAGGGAGGUAACAUUCAUUUUACCAUAGAUUGUGCCGGUGGACAUCGGUCCUGGGACUUUGCACACAACUCAUUAGAUGAUUCUUUCACCUUUGCGACAAUUCUUAAGGAUUCUCUUCUUUUCACUCGUAAACCGGCGAAAAGUUCCCAGUCUGCUUGCGGUUUCAACCGAAAAUGCCUCAUUCCGUCUCUUCAUGGUAGAGAUAUUAAUGCUUGUCUCUUGAUUCCCCGCAUAGAAUCUAAUGCAAACGACGAUAGUACCAUUAUCAAUUGCUAUACAGGCAGUGAGGAGUUUUGUUUGGGCAGCUUCGCUCUCGAAAUAAAUGAUGAUGGUACCUCUGAGGGUCCAAUGUUCCUUGAGCAUUCAUACACCCAAUUACAGUAA